UGCUAGGCAACUGCGCGGCUCGCGCUGGAGCUGCACUGCGGAGGCUCUGCCAGGCGCCGGCCCAGCCUGGGCUCGGUGGCCAGCUGCUCUGAACUAAGUGGUGCUACCGGCGGGUGGUGGCCGGCUUCGGAGAAGUGGGGACCGGAACCACCGGACCCCAUCCACGCCACCAGGUCAAACUGGAGGAGAAUGAUGGCAUCAAGUAGAACACCCUGUACAUCAGAAAGUGAAUUGGAAGAGGUGCUUGAAGAAAUGGAUGGUAGGAGAAAACACUGGAAAGAGAACAUGUUUGCUCCUUCUUUUAGUGCUCAUGAUGUUCUAAAUGAGGUUUUACAGCCUGAAUCUCUUCCUGAACAAAUGACUUUUGGGAAGGCCAAGAGAAUGGGAGAAAUUUACAACAUGUCUAGUAGAAAGUUUCAAGAAGAGAAUAAAUUUCGGAGGAAAGACUUUAUUUCCCAACCAAAUGAAAAAGAACAAGAACCAAAUUUGAGAGAGAGAAAGAUGAACGUUUCAAAGAAUGAAGCAGACACAAAUUCUGUCUCCUGUGAAUCCUCUAAUUUGGAUGUUACAACUGAAGAAAGCUUUAAUAGCACAGAAAACUACUGCAUCUGGAAUAAAAAAGAAUAUCUAUCUCGAUGGCGACAAAACAACAAGCAGAAAUAUACUGAAGGAAAGUCUCAAAAUGUUAGCCUGAAUGUUUUGAAUGACCUGGAAGAGCUCAAUAUGAAAUGCAGAAAAAUAGAAGAGGAAUUUGAAAAUGCUGAAAAAGAACUUUUGAACGCCAAAAAGGAAAUCUGCCCAAAAGCCCUAAAUUUUCAAGAAACAGGGACAGAAACUUUGAAAAAAGACUGGGAACUUCAAGCUUUAAGAAAUGGCCUAUCUGAAAAAGCAACAAAUUUCAAAAACUUAACUGAAGAGCUCCAGCAAGCCAGAGAAGUCAUCCACAAGUUGAGCCAAGAGAACAGAGGCUUAAAAGAAGUUGUGAGGAAGUUAAAACAUCAAACUAAAGUUGGAAAUGCACUCCUAAAGGAAGAAAUAAAAUUGCAUUAUGAAUUAGAAGUGGAAAAGAUCCAUGGAGAGCUUGAUGCCAUCAAGAAUGAACUAAGAAUUGAGAAGACCAUGCAAGCGAGAAAUAACAGAGCCCUAGAGUUGCUUAGAAAGCACCUUUCUUCUGUACUAUCAAGUACCCCUGACAGCUUUACAGGGGAUUGUUGUUAAAACUUAAAAAAUUAAAAAGCCUUUAAUUAGGCAAGCCAUUGAACCAAAUCCGUGGUUUUUUGUGCUUUCUUUAUAUAUUUCUUAAAAUGUGUUUAAUGGGAUGUAAUUUUCAUUUUUGGUGAAUCCAUACAUCUGUAAAAAGUAUAUAUAUCAACUUCAAAGCAUCUGCUUUCUCUUUCUAAUGAAGUUAUUGCAGAUGUCCAAAUGGAAAUGAAGUGUCAGAAAUCUUUCUAAUACUAUUUCACUCAGACCUAUAGUGAUUCACCAGAUCAUAUAUGAACACAAAUCAGUAGCCCUUUUGUGAUGUUGUGAGCAUUAUGUCCUUGGCAUGUGAAUAUUCUUUAAUCUG